UGGUUACAGCUAGCAACACUGAUGAUGACAUCACGUAAAAAAUAAAUUUUGUUAUGACAUUUCGACCAACAGAUUGGAUAUAUUGCUGUAUCCGAUUUACGCCUAUAUUUUCCAUCAAAAAUGAUGCAACAGUAUAUGGAAGAGCUGGAACAGGAACCGUUCGAUGCAGCUGAAUUCAUCGAGCGACUGACAUGGCGAACGAAUAAAGAGAUUGGUCUGGACAAUUUCGACCCAGUUCUGUUGCACGACACUUUCACCCAAACGAUACAAGAUCUGAAGAUUCUGCAGGAACGACAGCAACGGAAAUGCGAACGUUUGGAAGACGUCCUGAAGAAUGAGCAGUCACUGUUCGCCAAAAAUAUCGAUGGUUUGCAGGACCGUCAUCAGGUGUCAGUCGAUUGGUUCCAUCAAUUGGAUGAGAAAAUCAAUUCGGUGGCUGGCAAGAUUAUCCAUUUGGGCGAACAAUUAGAAAAUGUGAACACACCACGGAGUCGUACGGUUGAAGCGUUAGGCUUACUGAACCACAUGACUGAAUUCCUAACUCCCGGUCCGAUUGUGAACGAUUUGUUCAACGAUCAAACAAAGCUACUGGAAUCGGCCGACAUCAUCCAGAAGCUGUACAUGAUCGCCCAAGAUUUACCAGUUGACAAGUUCGGCGAUGCGAAAAAGAAAAUCGAAGCGAAAUACGAUGAAAUCGAACGUGGUCUGAUCGAAGAAUUCGCAACGGCCCAGAAGCAUGGAAAUAUUGAGAAAAUGAAAAUCAUCGCCACGAUUCUCAGCCAAUUCAAGGGAUAUUCUCAAUGCAUCGACGCUUACAUCGAACAGAGUCAGAUGACACCGUACGGCGGCAAAGACAUUUUCGUCGGCAUUGUGCCGAUGUGUCGUCUACAUCAUGGCGUUAUAAAACAGGUGUUUGCCAGUCCCGAUCAGGUCAUGGCCAAGUUCAUUCUGAACAUCUAUCAAUUGAAGCUGUACCAGUACGCACAGACAAAACUGGAAGAUCGCCGCGAUGAGGACAAGUAUCUGAAGACAUUGUUCGAAUUGUAUUCAAGGACAACGAAAUUGAGCACCGAAUUGGCUGAAUUUUUGGUUGCCAGCGACGAAGAUCUUCUGGCCAAAUUGUCGGCCAACAUUUUUGCCAAACAUUUGGCCGUUUACUUCGAAACGGAAAGGAAGAACUUGGACACCAAAUGCAGCAACGAAUUGAAAAAGUAUUACGACGGGAAGAAGCAUCAAAAGAAGCAGGCGGAACGAUUUCACGAUUUGCGGAGAGACGUCCAAGCAUUGAUCGGUACCAGAGCCAACAUCAAUAUUGCCCAGAUAGAGGAUUACGGUGGCGAAACGUUCUUAUCCGAAGAACUGGCCAUUAAUUUGUUGCAAGAGUCUAAAGCAGCGUUCCGAAGGUGUAGGCUGUUAUCAAAAGAAUCCGAACUGCCAGCCAACAUUAUUCGUCUGGCUGACAUACUACUUCGGUACUUGAUGCACGAACAUGUCGACUAUGCUAUAGACUUGGGCCUUCAAUCCAUUCCAUUAGGAGAGAAUAAGAAUUUCCCGCAGAUUUACUUCUUUGACGUGGUACAGAAGUGCAAUACAAUUGUUGUGCUGUUGGAGAAACUAUACAGUGCCAGUGUCUUUCCAUGCGUUGAAUCGACCACUAAAUACGCCGAUUGUUUGUCCAAAAAGCGCAUAAUGCUCGACCAGAUCGAAUCGAAAUUGGAUACCGGGCUGGACCGAUCCAUAAACGCACUGAUCGGAUGGAUAAAAGUCUACCUGCAAAACGAGCAACGGAAGAGCGAUUUUCGUCCGGAGACAGAUGUCGAUACGGUUGCAUCACCGGCAUGCUUGCAUGUUGUUCAGAAUGUUAUGCCAAUCAUUUUGCAAAUGAAAAAGUGCAUGGACGGCGAGAAUUUGGUCGCAAUUAUGAAGGACUUUGGUGUGCGAUUCCAUCGGGUGAUUUUGGAACAUUUCCAGCAUUUUGAAUUCAAUACAGCGGGUGCAAUGUGUGCCAUUUGCGAUGUGAAUGAAUAUCGAAAAUGUGUCAGGGUGCUGAACAGUCCCCUCGUCAUCCAGUUAUUCGACAUUCUGCAUGCUCUGUGCAAUCUGCUUCUCGUUAAACACGAAAAUCUACCCGAAGUUUGCGGUGGCGAUACUUUGAACUACCUGGACAAGUCGGUCGUUUUGAAUUUCAUCCAGCUUCGCAGCGAUUACAAAACUAUCAAAAUUUCCAAUUCAUUGAAAGGCAUAUCGGAUCAGAGAGUUUAAGAACGUCGUCGGAGUUAUUGUUUCUACAUAGAUAUGGGACUGGUGAACGCACUAAUACACAUCGCUUGAUUACUUGGUAACAAAACCAUUUCCUUUGAGGAAGUGGCGAUUGUUUUCCAGUCUCGAACUGGCACACGAGCUGAGCAAUUAAAGAACUGAAACUUUA